UCUUUCUCUUAUUAUAUAUAUAAGGAUUGGGGUCUCUUUUUCGGCCUCUCUCUUUAUCCCUGUGUGUAAAGAGUAUUGAGAGAUUAAGAGGGAAACAACAACCCAGUAUGAGAACAAGAAGAGGUCUCUGUUACCCAAGAGUUGGUGGUGGUGGCUUUGGCGGUGGAGGAAUGUUUUUGGAGAAGGUUAAAGUAAUUAACAAGCGAAAAGAUUUCGUCGGACAAAGGAAUAUUGAUAGUCGGAAAAGAACAAAAAUUUCGCCGGAGAUUUCUUCCGGUACCGGUCAUGAUUUAUUCGACUCAUUACCUGACGACCUUGUUAUAUCUAUUCUCACCAAACUUAGUUCCACCGCUCGUUCCCCUUCCGAUUUCGCCAACGUAUUGAUAACAUGCAAGAGAUUAAAGAAUUUGGGGCUUAAUUCAAUAGUGUUGUCUAAAGCUUCACCAAAAACAUUCUCCGUUAAUGCCAAGAACUGGUCCGAGCCGGCUCAUCGAUUCUUGAAACAGUGUGCGGAAGCUGGUAAUGUUGAGGCCUGUUACACUCUCGGCAUGAUUCGUUUCUACUGUUUGCAAAACCGAGGAAGUGGAGCCUCGCUCAUGGCCAAGGCGGCGAUUAGUUCUCACGCGCCGGCUUUAUAUUCUCUCGCCGUUAUCCAGUUCAACGGCAGCGGUGGCUCUAAAAGCGACAAGGACCUGAGAGCCGGUGUGGCUCUAUGUGCACGCGCCGCCUUCCUUGGUCACAUAGACGCGCUCCGGGAGCUCGGGCACUGCCUCCAAGACGGCUACGGCGUCCGCCAAAAUAUUACGGAGGGAAGGCGUUUCCUCAUCCAGGCCAACGCGCGGGAGCUCGCGUCGGUUAUUUCGUCGGCAGCGGUUUCCGGUAUUCCCACGCGCCAGUGGCUCACGUGGAACCCACUCCCCCACCCGCACCCUCAUCCUCACCCGCAGUUACGGCACUUGACCGGUUCGGGUUGUCCGUUGCUGAGCGAUUUCGGUUGCAACGUACCGGCGCCGGAGGCUCACCCCGCCAGCCGUUUCAUGGCGGAGUGGUUCGCCGCACGUGGGGGUUCACCGGGCAACGGUUUGAGACUUUGUUCACACGUGGGAUGUGGCCGGCCGGAGACGAGGAGGCACGAGUUUCGUCGGUGCUCUGUGUGUGGUGCAGUGAAUUACUGCUCACGAGCGUGUCAGGCGCUUGAUUGGAAGCUUCGCCACAAGGCCGAGUGUGCCCCUGUGGAACGGUGGGUCGACGAGGAAGGUGAAGUUCCUGACGGUGACGGAGCCGUUAAUGGGGCUGAUGACAUGAUGGCUGAUAGCUGAAAAGAGUUUUCAUUUCAAAAGGUCAAGGUAACUUUGACUGUAACGGAGAUAAUACAAGUUAACGGAAAUGUUUAUCCAAAAAAGUAAAGGUAAAACAAAAGUGAGCGUUAGACUGCGAGGGAAACCAGGUUGGCCAUUUUUAGUGCAAACACAUAUAGAUUAAUUUAAUCAUGGCCGUCGGAUGAAACGGAGUUUUGUUCCCCAGUUGAUGUAUAGAGGGGGUUUUCGGUUAAAAUGAUGGGGGCUAUUUUUUCUUUUUUGUUUUUUUGGGUUACUUUUUUGUACUAUAGAGCAACAACCAUUGUCAGCCUUAAUUUCGGUCAACUUAAAAUUCUAAAUUUUUCAUAAUAUAAACUAAUCUUUUUUCAUUUUA